AUGGGCAACAUCGCGUGUGUCCCGCAGGCUCCGGGAGGGCUCCGCGGCUCCUUCCGAAGGAAACCUUCCCUGAAAAACGAACAAAAUGGCAAGAAAAAACUGCCCAGCUUUUUUGGUAUAGAAGGAGGGCAGGAGGGAGACACCACCACAGACAAAAUCCUGCAGUAUAUUCCAGCAAAGAUUAUUCAGAACCAGGAAAACCAGAAAGAAAACCUGGACCAGAGGUUCUCCAGCCCAUUCAAGAAGGGACAAAGGAAUAACCUUUUCAGAAAUGAAGGCAAAAUGAUCUAUUACUCCAAGGUCAAGUUGAAGUUCCAGCACUGCCAGGACUGGGAAAUAAAGCAUAAUUCUGGGAAUGUGGCUCAUGGAGACUUCCUUGGGCUACUGCACAGCCCAUGGUACAAAGAUAACCCCCAAAAUGUGUCUCUUCUGCAGGAGGUCUGUGAUUGCUUCUUGGAGCUGUAUGAGUCUUACUUGUACUUGCAGGCUACGGGAUCCAAUGGAUUCAACUACCAGGAAUGGCUACCCUUGAAAGAGCUGACUGUGUUUCAGAUUGAGAGUGGGAAGAGCCCUGGGCAGCAGCAGGAUCCUGCUUUCAUCAUUGCAAGUUCUCUGCUGAAACCCCUCACCGUGUUCUGCCCUACUGAAGCAGAGCUGAAGCAGUGGCUUUACCACCUGAAGAAACAGAUUCAUCUGAGUGGAGGAAACCUUAGCUUUUCCUUCUUCUUUCAGAACAACUUGAAGCACAACUCCAUGAGGAAUGACAAUCUGAGCUGGUCCGUGCAGAACAUGCUUCUCCAGGAGUGUAGAGGGACCCAGAGAGAAACCCUGGGUGAUGUCCUCUGUAUUUCCAAAGUGAAGCUUCAGCAUCUGCCAUUCCAGGAGCAGCAUGACAGGCUGUUGGCGCUUUACCCCUCCACACUGGUGAUAGUAUCUGAGGAGCCAAACGGCCUCUGCUUUAAGGGUGAGCUGCCCCUCAAUGCCAUCCAGGUGCUUUUUGAAGAGAAUGAGAAAACCUCCUUUUUAAUUGAAGGCCGACUGAUCAACUCAAUCCGGGUGAGCUGUCACAGCUAUAAGGAUUACCAGGACUGGCUCUACUGCCUGACCACAGCUCAGUUUCGGAACACUGACUUUUCCUGCUCCGGCUCCGAGAGCUUCUCAGGAUCAAAGCCACCACAGCCCAGUCAGUUCACUGGCAGUGGGAGAGGAUCUCUCACUUCUGAUGGACGUACCAACUCCUGGGCAUCUGGAGGGAGAGUGACCACCCUGACACACCUGUCCCAGACCAGUGGCUCUCUGCCUGAUGGACAGUCCUUUGUGCUGAUGCCUGAUGGCAGGCUGGUUGAAGACACUGUCUCCCCUGGCUAUUCCCAGCCUCUCCAUUACCUGGCACAAGCCAACUGGCCAACAGCAGUGCCCACACAGGACCUGCGGAGAGGAGGCAGCGCCAGGAAAUCCAAGGGCAAAUGUGGCCCAUGCAACCAGCAGCUUCCCAGCCAGGACUCAGACAGGAGCAUCUGCAGCCUCAUUCCUGAGAAUCCCAACGGUGACCUCCUGUCUCCAGUGUACAACGAGCCCUACUCAGCACACAGCUCCCAGCAUCACCCCACAGCUCCCCCAGCACACCUGGACCGAGGCAGUAUCUCUUCUCUGCGAGAGGAACAUCUGAGCUCUUCAUUGCACCCACCAGAUGGGAAUGUUGGCUUGUAUGACCUGCCAGUGGCCAGUGGCUCCUGCCGGGACUCUGGUGCUUACCACGACUAUGCUGAGCUCCAGAGCUUCCAGAGUGACUACAGCUAUGACAACCUGUGGGAAGCUGAGGAGAAGGAACCAGGCACCCCACAUACCUCCCCAUCUCCUGUCCAGGAGAUUUACCAGGUCUAA